ACCCAGCGAGACGACACCAGCGCCGGCACCUACGUCUCCGUCGCUGCAAUCCCCUCGCCUUCGCUCCAAGACGCCCGCAGCAAGAACAACCUCUCCGACCCAGCCUCUGAGCGCCCCAGCAACAAUUCCCGGCCCGCGCCUAGCCCGCUGCGCCAGCACGCCCGCCAGACUUCCUUCUCAGCCUUUGUCGACGACCAAGUCCACCAUCCCCCGCCGCGCUCCAGGGCCUUGACGGCCGAGUCGGCGAACCAGAGGCCUCCACGAUCGCCCCGGGACACGUUGGACGCCCUAUUGGCCACUGACCAUUUUGCCUACCACAACCCAGAGUCGACUGUGGCUCGAGCCGCCCCCAAAAUCCCCCCGCGGACCUCCUCCGCCGCCGCCGAUAAGCCUGCGAGCGAGAAGAGUGCCUCUUCAUAUGCCCUGCCGCGUUCCGCCUCCGGCCUCUCGACUUCCGCAUCGCCUACUGCCGCCAUAAUGGGGAAGCCUCACCACCGGCCUGACCCUCGCCCCAUGCCGCGGAACACCUCGAUUGACUCGGCCGUCUCAUCCAUGUCUUCGAGCUCGCAGACGUUCCGUUCGACGGCCCAAUCUGGGAAGCCCACGCAAGAAUCGUCCCCGGUGCCCGACUUUGCCGCCUUAAUACAAGCAGCAGGCUCGCCAGAGGCGGCUCUGUAUAAUAUGUGGAAGGAAAAGCAGAAUGUAGAUGCUCACAACCAGCAAUUGUGGAGGAUAGUGACCAAGCAGAAGGACAUGGUGGUUGGUCUGAACAAAGACCUCGAGCGCGCUCUGAAAGACAGAGAACGUUAUCGGAAGAAGCUCAAGGAACACCUGGCACAGGUUCCACCUCUACCGAAUGCGACACAAAGGAUGGAAGCAGACGCGCAGCGGCAAAGCAGCGCGUCGCCCGCCAUGAGCGAUGUGCAGGAGACUCCGUCGAGCAGCAGGAACAACAGCGCGCAAGACGCCGUGCCCGGGAACCUGUCCAACUUGGCCCAGACGGAAACUCACGAUCACGCUGCCACGGCAUCGCCAUCUCACGAAGCGGUUCUGACCUCCCUUCCGGAAUCGCCUCCCGUCCAACCCAAUGACUCCGCUUCUGAAUCCGUGUCACAAAAGGACUCAGCCAGCAGCGAGCCAUCUCCAUCGGAAAACAAUGCCGCAGAGGGAGGAGCUCGCAGUGGAGGGUAUGAACUGGCUCCUAAAGUGAGUCCCGCUCCCGGGGAUCUUCGUCUCAGAACACUCCGUGAACAGGCCUUCGGCACAAGCGCAAGCUAUGACGACGCCGUAUCACCGAGAUCCACGGUUCCGCAAGGGCCUCUGCAUCUCCGCACAAAGACUCCUUCACUUUCUUUCACGGCGGCUACUCCCGUUAUGGGGUCGUCUGGUUUCUCCAGCCCUGAGCAUCGCCUCCAACGCAAGGCACCUCCAGCACCGCUCGAUCUGUCCCCUAUUUCCCCGAGCGAAAGAGCCAACGAGCGGCUGCAGCCUGCAGCUGCCGCUCCCGCUCCCGCCGCUGCUGAAGAGGGUUCGGCUUCGGAGUAUGAGGAGGAGCCGGAGGCGCGAGAGAUGCCAUCUUUUGAACGUGGUAGAAAGAAGACACGAGAGGAAGACGACAUGCAGCGUGAAUACAUUGCGAAGCAAGAAGCAGAGGAGCGGAGCCGAUCGAAGAAGAGCAAGAGCAAGAGCAAAAGCAAGAGCAAGAGCAAAAGCAAGAGCAAGAGCAAGCCGGCACAAGAAGAGCGUCCGCAGAUCGAAGACACACCAAAGGCCGUCCCCACUUCAGUCUCGCCUCCAGUGGCACUUGGAUUGCCUAGCUCGCCCCGCGCUACGCAGGCACCAGGUUCCAUCAAUGCCCUGCUUAGUCCUGCCGGCUCGGAUGGCUCCAUGAUCACGCAGCGCGUGCUCUCUCCGCCGCUUAUGAGCCCUGGUCUGCCCAUAAGCCCGCGCCCUGGAGACAGACCCCCAAAUUCCCCCGCGCCGCGGUUACCCAAAACCGAACUGACUUCCCCGCCCAUGUCUCCGCGAGGUGCAAACGGAAUGCCACUUUCGCCGCGUGCGCCAAGAGGACCGAUACCCAUGCCUCCUCAGACGCCUCUCUCCUUUGCAUCACCCCAUCUUACCAGAGCCGAAACAUACCCCCAGCCUGAAAAGACUGCCCCUGAGCCUGAUAAACUAGCUGUUCCCGGGUCAGCCCCGUCAAGCGCUGAAUCGGAACAGCACAGUGCCGGCGGUGCCGAAACCCUUACACCAGAUGCAAUCAGUCGCGAACUUGUCUCGGAACAAUAUCCUGAUCUUCUUCUGCCUCCCAACGCUCUGCCAUCCAUCGAGGUCAAAGUGUUUUCGUCCCGGCUCCGGCCUUCUCGCCUUAGCUUCAUGAUGGCACCAACCCCAACUGAAGAAGAUCCAGUCUUUCUAUUGGCCGUCCACGCCCGUUCGAGUGGGAAACAGCUCUGGCGCCUCGAAAAAACUAUCAACGCCCUCCCUAUCCUCGAUUUUAAGUUGAAAAAUCUCAGCGAAUUCAGUGGUCGUGUUCCUGAUCGCAACCUCUUCAGAGGGCAUGCGCCGGCAACAAUUGAUGCACGUAGAGCAGCUCUGACCAGCUACUUUGACCAGAUGUUAGACACUCCAAUGAAUGAAAGGGCUGCCCUGGUCAUUUGCGAGUUCUUCUCUACCGAUGUGUUCGGUGCUGAGGUUGAGCCUCCCAAGUCCGCCACCCUUCCUGUCACCACAGACCCCUCAUCCCCACUUCCGAGGAUGCCGAAGGAAGGUUACUUGACCAAGCGUGGUAAGAAUUUUGGCGGCUGGAAAGCGCGUUAUUUUGUACUAGAGAGUCAAGACUUCCGCUACUAUGAAUCGCUUGGCGGCCCACUCCUUGGAUCUAUCAAGCUGGCGAGUGCUCAGAUCGGACGCCAGAACCCAAGAACCAAGGUUACUCAGACCGAGGAUGAAAUGAGGCACGCAUUCCUGAUCCUUGAACCCAAACGGAAGGAUCCGUCGGUGAAGGUUUCGCACAUAUUGUGCGCAGAAAGUGAUGAAGAGAGGGACGCUUGGAUUGACGCUCUGUUGCGAUAUGUGGACCAUGUCGAGGAGCAACAGCAACCACCCUCUUCGGGCGAUCUUAUAAAGGAACCUGAAUCUGCAGGCAGCCAUGGUGGCCAUGACAAGUAUCACGACGGCAUGUAUCCAAAACAAAAGAAAAGAGAAGAAACCCCCGAGGGUUUCAAGCGGCCAAUGCACACCCUUAGCUACGAGGAAACAACAGCUGGGGAUGUGCCGUUCUACGGGCCUGGCAUCAAUGGUGGCGGCGGGAUACCAUCGCCACCCUUUAAUGGGUCUUACCAGGACCGCUUCAUCUCCGGGCCUACCAACGGUGCCGUGAUAACGGAUGCUUCGACGUGGGGCAACAAGUCCACGACGCCGACUCCUCUCAAAGACAAGAAGCGCAGCAUUUUCGGCUUCAACGUGGGGGCCAACCGAGGUAGAAAUUCUUCUGACUUGGCUCCCUCUUCGAAUGGCCCUUUCCAGCCGCCACGGGAGCGCACUCCUCCUGCCCGAGUUGUGUGGGGUAUUCCGUUAGCGGAGGCAGUCGAGGCGACUAAACCCGAAGGUGUCGAUGUUCUCCUGCCGGCGGUUGUUUACCGUUCCUUGGAGUACCUCAGAGCCAAGAACGCGCACCGCGAAGAGGGCAUCUUCCGGCUGAGCGGAUCGAACAUUGUGAUCAAGGGGCUGAGAGAGCGCUUCAACACCGAGGGAGACAUCAAAUUGCUGGAGGGUGAAUACUAUGACGUCCAUGCCGUUGCAUCGCUGCUGAAGUCGUACCUGCGCGACUUGCCUGUCUCGAUACUGACGAGGGAAUUGCAUCUUGAUUUCCUUAGAGUACUGGAUCUCGACACUAGAGAGGACAAAAUCGCCGCUUUCAAUGUUCUUGUCCACAAGCUUCCUGAAGUCAACUGCGACCUUCUGAAAGCCUUGUCGUCAUUCCUCACCGACAUAACCGACAAUUCCGAUGUCAACAAGAUGAACAUCCGGAAUGUCGGCAUCGUCUUCUCUCCCACGCUCAACAUCCCUGGCCCGCUAAUCUCCUUCUUAAUAACCGAUUAUGACGAAAUCUUUGGUCCAGUAAAAGACGAAGCGUCAUCGCCAAUCCGUGAGGUUACGGUAACCGCGCCCCUCAGUCCCGAAUCGAUUCGCUCGCCACGACGCCAAAUGUUCUCAGACCUGCCUACGCCGGGAUACAACCAGACGGCGUUUGAGCGGCAACCGUCGAACACGAACCUGUACGCGGCAUCGGCAGGAUUGCAGCAACAGCAGCAGGGGCGCAACACGCCGACACCAACGGGCUUUGAGAACAUGGGCUUCGUACCGAUGCACCAACAGACCUACGACACGGGUUCGGGCACCGGAUACGGUAGCUUGAACGGUGCUAUUGGUGGUGCGCGCGACGUCAAAUCUCGCCGCCGCGAAAGCGGCAUGUUGCUCAUGAACAUGGGUGCUGGUGGACCAAACCUAGGCGGCCAGAAGAAGAGCUCGAUGCAGCAGCUGCGUGAAGAGACGGGCAUGGUGCCUGAGGAGAGCGCGUUCGAGUAGAGCGUGUAGUGGGCGCAGCGUGACGACGACGGGAAAGAAGCGUUCUCUGAGUGUUUAUGAGCACGCCGACCUUCUUCCUUCGCUGGCAACCUUCGUCGACUUUCUCGCAGUGCCUGCGGUUCCGUCGCUUGUUUGGGCGCAUCGCAGGGGUGUAUAUGACAACCAGACACCUAUGGCUCUUGGGACCGCGCAAUGGUGCACAGCAUGCAUCGUUCCCCUCAGCUUUCUCGCAUUUUCAUGCCUAUUUGGUUCGCCGUCGCCUGUGGCACGGCAACCCGGUGGUGCAUGCAGGUUUCGGGGCACACGCUACGCAUCACAACACAUUCACGACCGGUACAUGGAUACAUACGCGCUUGCUUCUUUUUUCUCGUUAUCAUUUCUUUUGUCUUUUUUUUUUUUUUUUUUUUUUUUUUUUUUUU